AUGACGAAUAGGGACUUUUUGCAUUUGCUGAAUUAUAAACCAAGAUUUAAUGUUUGCUUCGGAGAGGGGCCCCUGGAGGCCCCGAGCAGCAGCAGGAGAAGCCCCGCGCCGGCUGCUGCUGCAGCAACUGCAGCAGCAGCGGCAGCAGCAACGGCAGCAGCAGCUGGACGCAGCGAACGCAGACUCAAGAGCCACCACUCCGCCAGACACAGAGCUGCUGAGGCCCUCGGGGACGAGCUGCUGCAGCAGCACGCCCACCGCCACCCCAAGCAGCGGCAGCAGCAGCAGCAGCAGCAGCAGCAGAGCCUCCGGCUGUCCUCUUUGCCCGCAGAAGAAGCACUUGAGGAAGUAGAGGAAGAAGUUGUUAUUGUGGACGGCUCCGCCUCAGAUGAGGGAACCCCCAAGGCCCCCCGUGCUGCUCCAGACAGCAGCAGCAAAAGGAGGCCCUCAAGUGCCUUUUCCCAGGGACAAGAGGGGCCCCCUAGUGGGGCCCCCCUCCCGGGGGGGCCCCCAGUGGGGGCCCCGGGGGAGGCCCCAGGGGGGACCCCAGAAGAGGCCCCCGGGGGGGCCCCCGGAGGGGCCCCUGGGGGGGCCCCAGGGGGGGGCCCCCACCGUAAAGGGGCCCCCGGGGAGGGCCCCCAUGCUAGGGGGGCCCCCGGGGGGGCCCCCCGGAUGAAGUCUGGGGCGUCUUUGGAGUUUCUGUUUUCUGGAGAUGCUGAAGGAGCUGAAGGAACUCCUUGCAGUCAUUUUUCUUUGUCUAGGGAAGGCCAUCAUGAUAAGUGA